AUGGAGCCGGGCCGGGCCGCGCGGAGCCGCUUCUCGGCCGCGCGAUCCCGGCUCCCGGCGCCGCACCGCAGCCGCAUUAAUGGAGGCGGCAGAAAGGCAACGCGGCCGCCUCUCGGGCCGUGGGCAGCCAGGGGUGCUCAGGGGAACAGACGAGGCGGCCACACGGCUGAGCUCCUCCCCAACGCGCGCCCCAACCUCCGCAGCAACGGCUGCAACGGCAGCGCGCAGGCGCGGGGCGGCCUCCCGCCCGCACGCGGAAGCGGCAUUUGCGCGCGCCGCCUCCGCGGGGCGGCCGUUGGGGCUCGCGGGGCGAUGGCGGCGCCCGUGGCCGUGUCGGUGUGGGUGUCGCGGCGCGCGGGGCUGCGCGCGGCGCUGUGCGCGGCGCUGGCGGCGCGGCUGGCGCUGCUGCUGUGCGCGGCGCGGCAGGACGCGGCGCUCCGCGUGCGCUACACCGACCUCGACUACGGCGUGUUCACGGACGCGGCGCGGCUCGUGGCGGCCGGGCGCUCGCCCUACGCGCGGGCCACCUACCGCUACACGCCGCUGCUCGCCUGGCUCCUCACGCCCAACGCCCGCCUGGCCGAGCCCUUCGGGAAGCUGCUCUUCGUGGCCGCCGACCUGGCGGCCGCCGCCGUGGCCUACGGGGCUCUGCUGCAGCGCGGCGUGGCCGCCGGCCCGGCCUGCGCCUGCUGCGCCGCCGCCUGGCUCUUCAACCCGCUGCCCAUGGCCGUGUCCACGCGGGGCAACGCCGAGGCCCUCGUGGCCCURCUGGUGCUGGCCACCCUGUACUACGCGGAGGGCGGCCGCGUGGCCAGGGCCGCCGCCUGCUACGGGCUYGCCGUGCACAUGAAAAUCUACCCGCUGACCUACGCGCUGCCCCUCGCGCUGCACCUGCAGGGCAGGCGGCCCRGCRGCAGCRCGGCCCUGCCCGCGGGGCGCCCUGCAAAAGGGAGGCUCCCCCUGCUCCCGCAGCUCUCGCAACUCUCGACAAGCCGCGACGUGCUGCUGUUCGGAGCCGUCGCAGGAUCRGUGCUGGGCAGCCUCACGGUCGCCUUCUACUGCCUCUACGGCUGGGAGUUUUUGGAGCACGCCUACCUCUACCACCUGACCAGGAGGGACACCCGGCACAACUUCUCUCCCUAUUUCUACAUGUUGUAUUUAACUGCAGAGAGCAGAUGGAGUUUUGCCCUUGGGCUCGCAGCCUUCCUGCCCCAGCUGCUGCUGCUCCUGGUUGUUUCCGUAGCAUUUUACAGAGACCUUGCUUUCUGCUGUUUCCUCCACACCGCCAUUUUCGUGAGCUUUAACAAAGUGUGCACCUCCCAGUAUUUUGUCUGGUAUCUCUGCCUGUUGCCCCUYGUAAUCCCCAAGGUCAGGAUGUCCUGGCAGCGCGGGGCGCUGCUGCUCUCCCUGUGGUUCCUCGGACAAGGCCUGUGGCUCGCUCCUGCCUACUUCCUGGAGUUCAAAGGAUGCAACACUUUCUUACUGAUAUGGAUGGCAGGCUUGCUUUUCCUUUUUAUUAAUACCUUUGUACUUGUUCAGAUUACUUCCCAUUACCAAAGACAAGGUCAAAUGGUGGAAAAACCCAAGGAACAGUAAUAAACAUGCACCAAAAUCCAGAAACAGCAGCAGUGUUUAAGGAGGCUCUUUGUACCACCAGUGUCUCAUGCCAUGGAGCAGCCUUCCUCUUCCUGCUUCUCUCUGGCGUUAGGCUUUCAUACCUCUCGUCUUAUUAUUUUCCUUUGUUUUUUGAGGACUGUUUAGGUAAAAAACAUUGUAAAGUGGAGUUCAGCAGUCUUGUGUGCUAGCAGAUGGGU